AUGGAACGUGUUUCACUACCAAUCAUAAAAGAAGAUGAGAAGCUGUCAAAAGGAGAAGUUGAAACUCAAAUGCUGGAUGGGAAUAGUAUAUUGGACUUACAAUCAGUAUCUUAUAGCAGUUGA